CCCUCCCUUCUCUUGUUAUCCACCACGGCCUCCUCAAACAUCUUAUUCAACAAUCAUCAACAUCAUCGCCUCCACCCUACCAUUCUAUCAUCUCCCUUCUUUUCUCUUGAGGCCAAAAUUUAACAAACUCAACUCCACCAUCACUGCUCUCUGUCACCCUUUGCUGCUCCUUUUUGGGAUUGUUUCAGUGGGAGUCUUACAUCACUAAAUCGUCCCUGACUGAGUUGGAUCGGGCAGAGAUGUCGAGUUCGAAUUGUGCCCUCAGUGUGACUAGCAGGGGGAUAUUGAGAAUGGAAGAUGAGGCCAAGAAGGCCAAUGAGAAGCAGGGGAUCGGAUCCAUCUUAGGAUCCGAACCCGAAAGAUCCAAGACGGCCGCAUCCUUACGGAGGACUCUCUCCGCCGACAUGUCCUCCAAGAAAUGGUUGGGACGUCAUGGGUUCACCCCUUUGAAGAAGAUCCCUUCCUCUGAAUCUUUCCCUGUUCUCUCCUCCUCUGUUACCUCUUCUUCUUCUUCUUCUUCUUCUAGUUCGUCGCUUUCAGAAGGAGAAGAAGAUGAAGACUUAGUGUUGGGAAGAACAAGGAAGAAACCUGAGUGGAGUAAUUUGAUCGUCCAAACUGAGAAGCAACAGAAGGAGGACCUGGAACGACCUGGGUUUUCUGAUAUUUGGGGCUCGAUUCUGUCCCAAAAGGCAGAGGACUCAUCGAAAUCCUCUUCAUCCCUCUACAUUCCCUCACCUGUGAAGAGAUCGAAGAGCUCGUUGAGCCAGAAGAGUCUCGAGAUCUGUACUGAGAGUCUUGGUUCAGAGACUGGCUCCGAUGGUUUCUCCUCUUACCCAUCAUCAGAAACAAGUGAAUUGGAAGAUAAAUCAGCAGAAGGGGAACAGAGCAACAAAGAAACUAAGGAAGUCUCUCAUACUGAGAUAGUGGAAGAAAAGAUGGAGUUUUCUGAGACAAGGAAAUCACCUACUCGAUCGUUCCCUCCGCCGUUACCGUCUCUUUCUCGACGAGAAGGACCGGGAGUACUCAUGCGAUCUCAUCGCACUGAUGGUCGUUUGGUCCUUGAAGCUGUUCCUGUUUCUUCUUACAAUUACUUCCACUCUGAACGCCAAUCUGGGCGCCUUCUUCUCAGUUUCAUUAAAAACCCAUCUGAAGAACUAAUGGAGACCGACGAUGAAGAAGAAGAGGAAGAAUUGGAAGUAGAGAAGGAAGUGGAAGCAGACGUUUUUGAUGAAUUUGGAGGUUUCGAUGAAGAGGAAGAGACUGAGAAAGUCCAAAACAGAGGAAUUGUGACAGAGGUUGUGAAGACAAGUCAACCAACUGUGAUGGUGCCAUGUGAGGUGAUCGGUGUUCAUAGGUCAGCAGCAAUUUUGACAAACAAGCUCAUGGGUUUAUCUAACAAGAACCCAACUUGGUCUCAAUCUUACAACAAGAAUAUCAAACUACUGGAGAUGGAAGAGGAGGAGGCAGAGGAGGAGGAAGAAGAAGAAGAGAUUGAAGAGGAGGAGCCAACACUGCCACAGUCGCUGCCAUGCCUACCAAGGUUGGCUCGCCUAAUUGCAUCCCCUGCAACAGCGGCAGCAGCCGCUGCUUCUUUCAAUGCAUAUGACUACUUCUGGAGGGCAAAGCCUUCAGCUACUGCUGCGGCAGCGAUGAAUCCAACCCAGGAACCACUUCCAGCACCACUCAUCGUCGACAACAACAACAAUCUUUGCUAUUACCCCAACAAGCUCCACCAAAACAAGAACAAGAGUAAUAACAAUAACAAAUCAGUGAUUUCCAAAGAGGGUUUGAAGCAUCAAGAGCAGCAGAAAAAGAAAAUGGUCUUAAGAGGGAACGAAGCAGAUCGCUUAGUUCCUCCGGUGAUCAGAGGAUGCAAAGAACAAAGAAAGUCACUGCUCAUCUGGCAGCCGCCACGUUGCAUUGCCACCUCUUAAUCCAUUCAUCAUCGUCACGUGUUUAUUUCUUCCAACCCAUAUAGAUUUUGGAUCUUAAUUUCUCUCUCUUUCUCUCUCUCCUUUCUGUUUUUUCUGAGUCUACAUUAUCGUGUUACUGUUAGUUACUGUUUCAAAUAAACAAAAAGAGGAACAAGAAGAGCACAGGGGACGAGUAAACUCCUGGUUUAGACUUUGGAAAUCAAAUUAAAGCUCCGACGAAGAGAGAUUUGAUUAAUCAGUUAGGCUAUAAAGUGUGGUUUUAAGAAUAAUAAAAUCAAAGUCCCAGCUUUGAUCUUUCUUCUCUCUUUUUGCCUUUGGAAAAAGGAAAUUUUCUUCUUCUUUGACCGACUUGAGCUGGAGAGAGAGAGAGAGACGGAGAUUGGUGGAUUGAGGGUCCUCUGUCUGACGUCCGCCGGCUUUUGAAGGUAUCUUGUGGACUCUGCUGAAGCAGAGGAAAGGAGAAGAGCUAGGUGGGCUGCCGAGGUGCUCUUUUUUUCUGAUUUGGGGGGAUUUGUUUUGUUGGGUUGGAAAGAGUGGUGAGGGGGGUAAUGUAUCUCCAUUAUGAUGCUUUGCUUUAUCUCUGCAACCCAGUGAGAUUUAUAUAAUUUCACUUCA